AUGUAUGGAACGAAGGAAGGAAGGAAGGAAUGCAUGUAUGGAUAUCGAUCUGCGGCUGUUCCGUUUCAGCCAACCCCCCGGCGGUGUGACAAUUCCGCCCACUUCGAUCGCCGCCGCCAGCCGUUGCGCGCGGCCUGUUUGUGCCACCAGAGCCCAGAGCCAGGCCGUCGCCGCCUCACGCGCGUGAUUUGUCCAACGUCGCUCGCUCGCUCGCGCGCGUUGCAGGCAGGCGGAGCUGGUGGAUCUGGCAGGACGCGUGCGACCAGAAGCGCCACUCGGCGACGACUCGCUCGGAGCGGACGCCUUUCUUUGUCCAAGUCCCUUUCUUUGCCACGAUGA